AUGUCGUCGUCUGGAAGACGGGCCGUCGCCUACAUACGAGAAGGAGCCGAGAGGCUGUGUGCGCGCGCAGCGUGGGGCAGCCGUUCGGCUUGGGCCGCAGUCGGCAUGAGGCGCGCGCGGAGCGUCACCGGGCCCUUACGGCGUGCCCAUCCCGCCUCCGGGGCCACCUGGAAUGUCCAGGUGGUCCGCGGAAAGAUGAGCUCACAGUGCUUAUGGCAUGCAUGUCGAGCACUUUCCGCAGGCUUACUGCUGAUGUUACUUGGAGCGGCCAUGGCGGUAAUUGGUUACUACGCGGACACUUUGUCAGUGGCGCAAGAAAUACGCGGAAACGCAACAGUGUCAGUGAAGGAUGAGGCCCGAGGGUUCCAUCUCAACAACUUAUCGUACGCCGGGCCCAUUGUCAUGGGAUUCGGAGGUUUCAUAGUGGUCGCGGCGUGCGUAAUGACUUUCGAAGCACGGGACAGCGCUGCAAAAGUGACGCCCGCCAGGCCGCAGACUCUGCCGAGACCUUUACCUCGGCGUGGGCCCCCCUGCGCACCGGCACGCCUCGACCAACUAGGAGUCUACCGUCUACCACACGCGCUACCACUGCCAUUGCCCCACGCCCUACCUCUACCACCUGUACACAGAACACGGCCACCUCACCUGUACACAAGAACAAGUGAAAAAGCAAAGGAACGCGCUCGUUUCGGCUCAGCGCCGGACUUGCGUAGCGGUAGCGCGAGGCCUCCGCUACCAGUGAGCGCGCUACGACGACCGCUACGUCGCUACGCGCUUUCAGUAGACGAACCGCCCCAGUCCGCAGUCAGCGCCGGAGCAGUAGAGUCGGAGUGCGGCUCGCAGUCGUCGUUGGCACUCGAUCUACACGGGAGCGGUGCUUGUGCUGGGGUGACACUGCGCGUUCGGGACAACACCCGCCGCCGGCCUCUCGCCAGGCAACAGCGUUUACGCGAGGACACGUUAUUCCGUGAGAAAUCUCCUUCUAUUGGAGGGGGUACACUAGCGAACGGUACAUCUGGUGUCAAA